AAAUUAUGUGCUAAUCAAAAACAAAAACAACCCUCUUUUCUCUUCUUUUCUUUUUACAUUCAACAAUCGAAUCAAUCAACACACUUGCGAUUUUGAUUCUCUUCAAUGGCACUCUCGCGCCUUCGUCACCCUCUCAUCUCUCAUUCCAUUCGUAUACUCUCAUCUUCCACCAGAUCCAUUUCGAGAACUCCUAAUUCAAGGAUUUAUUCCGUUGGUAAUGGGAAUCUAAGGCCUGCAUCUUGGUCUGGGCUUACUGGAGUUUGUAAUAGACCUUUAAAGUCAAGGUGGAUUGAUGUCAAAUUCUUCUCGUCGUCAGAUUUUCCACAUGAAGUCCUUGGGAUGCCAGCUUUAUCUCCUACAAUGACCCAAGGUAAUAUUGCAAAAUGGAGGAAAAAAGAAGGGGAUAAGAUAGCAGUGGGUGAUAUACUAUGUGAAAUUGAAACUGACAAAGCUACACUUGAAUUUGAAAGUCUUGAAGAAGGAUUUCUGGCUAAGAUAUUGGUACCUGAUGGUUCAAAGGAUGUGCCAGUUGGACAACCGAUUGCAAUAACAGUUGAGGAAGAAAGCGGCAUUCAAAAUGUUCCUGCUUCUGUGGGGGGUGAGAGCGGGGUUGAAGAGAAGAAACCAGCACACCAGGAUGCCGCAGAUGAGGAGAGAAAACCAGAAACAACUUCUACGAUUGAUACAUCAAAUCUUCCACCUCACAUUAUUCUUGGAAUGCCUGCUUUGUCCCCAACAAUGAACCAAGGAAACAUUGCUAAAUGGAAUAAAAAAGAAGGAGACAAGAUUGAAGUGGGUGACAUAUUAUGCGAGAUAGAGACAGACAAAGCUACCCUUGAAUUUGAAAGUCUUGAAGAGGGGUACCUAGCUAAGAUAGUUGCACCAGAAGGUUCAAAAGAAGUGGCAGUUGGACAGCCUAUUGCAAUAACAGUUGAAGAUGCAAGUGAUAUUGAAGCUGUUAAGAAUUCUAUUAGCAGCAGCUCAGUAAACCAAAAGGAGAAGACCACCCAACAUGACACUAAAAGUGAAGUCAAAACAAAGAAAACAAAUACAGCACGAAUCAGUCCAGCUGCAAAGUUGCUAAUUUUGGAAUAUGGAUUGGACGCAUCAACAUUGAAUGCAACUGGUCCUCACGGCACCCUACUGAAAGGUGAUGUUCUUUCUGCAAUUAAAUCAGGAAAAUUGUCUUCAAAACCUGCUUCAUCUAAAGAAAAGGCAUCAUCAUCUCAAAGUCAUCAAGUUGCGGCUUCACAAGAAUCAAAGUCUGGCUUAAAGCAGUCUGAUACUUAUGAAGAUUUUCCGAAUAGUCAAAUUCGCAAGGUGAUUGCCAAGAGGUUAUUGGAAUCUAAACAAAAUACACCACACUUAUAUUUAUCAUCAGAUGUUACACUGGAUCCUCUUCUUUCCCUUAGAAAGGAUCUUAAAGAGCAGUAUGACGUCAAAGUUUCAGUGAAUGACAUUAUUAUCAAAGUUGUAGCAGCUGCUCUCAGAAAUGUUCCAGAAGCAAACGCAUACUGGAAUGAUGAGAAAGGGGAAGUCAUCUUAUGCGAUUCCGUUGACAUAUCAAUAGCAGUUGCCACCGAGAAGGGCUUGAUGACUCCAAUAUUAAAAAAUGCAGAUCACAAGACAAUAUCUGCCAUCUCCUCAGAGGUCAAGGAGCUAGCUGCAAAAGCUCGUGAAGGGAAAUUGAAGCCGCAAGAAUUUCAAGGGGGGACUUUUAGCAUUUCAAACUUAGGAAUGUAUCCUGUGGAUAAAUUCUGUGCUAUUAUAAAUCCCCCACAGGCUUGCAUUCUUGCUGUAGGGAGAGGCAACAAAGUAGUUGAAGCAGUAAUUGGAGCUGAUGGAAUUGAGAAGCCAUCUGUUGCCACUAAGUUGAACUUAACAUUGUCUGCCGAUCAUCGCGUCUUUGAUGGCAAAGUUGGAGGUGCAUUUCUCUCUGCUCUUCAGUCAAACUUCAGAGAUAUAAGACGGCUUCUUUUAUAAUGACAUACAACACAUUUUCCUGGUGUUUGAUUAUUGUGCUUCUCAUGACAAAUCAUGUUGAUGAACCACAACCUGGCUUGGAGUUGCAUAACAUAAUCAUUUUUGUCCAUUUUAUAUCUUCAUCGGGUUUUGUAAAAUAAUAUAUUGGGUGGCAUUACCCAUAUCUUGAGGAACUACACACCAAGGUACCAUCUAACAUUAGGCUUCCAACAAUUGAGAUUCCAACAAUUGAGAUUCCAGCAUGUUGGUAAUUGUGUUCAUUAGGCAAAUUUUCUGCCUUUGAUGUUUAAUAAUUUUGUAUGAACAGUUUUGUAUAGACUAAAUAAAUACCAGCAUUAUUUUGAUGAAUAAAAUUUCCAUUCAUGUGCUGCAUCC